UCUUAUUUUUAUAACAAACAGUCAACCCAGCUCUUUCAAUCCAUCAACAUGAAUAAAAUACCCAGCACUCCUAUUGUUUGUAUGCUUUUGCUGAAUAUCUGCUGCCUUUUCUGUUGCAUUUCAUCACAACCGAUCUUAAUGCAGGCUCUUCUAAUUGAUGCUGCUCCUUCGGUGGUGUCGUAUCAGGGUUCCUCACAAAACUAUGCUCAUUUGGUGAUAUCACCACGUGGUCGUGCCCUGGGCUAUGUAGCACCCACCAAUCUCAAUCAUACGGUCCAUCAUACGGAAAAGGUGAAAGAUAAUUUGGAUUUCUUGGAUAUACGACCGAUUUAUGUGCAUAAUUAUUAGUGUAAUAUCGUGUAAAUAAUUUAUAAUUUUUUUUUUGUUUUAUUUUUUUUAAUUAAUAGUAGAUUUUGUGUUUGUAAGAAAAUGUGA